AUGCUUGUCUCGGGAGUGUCCUCAUCAUCAUGGGAUCUCAAAUGGCUCCUGCAAUUCGUGUUCUCCGCGUUCGUCUUGGCGAUGGGGUUGCACGCGCUCGUGAAGAACACCGCCUCCAAGUACUUCGAGGUUGAGGCCCCUUUCGAAGGGGAACAACAACAACAACAACAACACAACCACAACCACUCCAUGCCCGGUCUUCUCAUGGACGAUUCUCUCUGCGCCGUUUGUCGCAACCCUGGGAGCAAGAAGUGUUCGCGAUGCAAAUCCGUUCGAUACUGUGCUGCUGCGAAUUUGAGUUCACAAGCAUGCCAACAGGCACACUGGAAAUCCGAGCAUAAGACGAGAUGCAAGGAGUUGCAGAUGCAAGGAGUUUCACAAACUGGAUUAACUAAUCGAGGGUUCAAAGCUUCUGAUGCUGUGAAUAGAAGUACAACAUCAAUUGCUCUAAUUCCUGAAUAUGGUCGCGGAAUUUCCAGGCCUAUCAAGCAGCCUAAGGAUGUUCUUUUUCCUUAUGAUGAUUUUGUCAAAUUGUUUAACUGGGACAAGCCAGGAUUUCCUCCACGUGGACUGUUAAAUUGUGGAAACAGCUGUUUUGCAAAUGUGGUUCUCCAAUGUCUCUCUUUCACGAGGCCACUUAUUGCCUACCUAUUGGAGAAGGGGCACCGCAGUGAAUGCUGUCAUAACGAUUGGUGCUUUCUAUGUGAAUUUGAAACCCAUGUUGCAAGGGCAAGGCUAAGUUCUCAAGCAUUUUCUCCAAUGAAUAUUCUCUCUCGUUUGCCUAAUAUUGGUGGUACACUGGGUUAUGGAAAACAAGAGGAUGCUCACGAGUUCAUGAGGUUUGCUAUUGAUGCUAUGCAGUCUGUUUGCCUUGAUGAAUUUGGUGGAGAAAGGGCUGUUCCUCCCAAGCAUCAGGAAACAACUCUUAUCCAACACAUUUUUGGUGGCCACCUUCAAUCUGAGGUGAUUUGCACCGAGUGUGAGAAGAAUUCAAAUCAAUAUGAAAAUAUGAUGGACUUGACAGUCGAAAUUCACGGAGAUGCUGCUUCCUUGGAGGAAUGUCUAGACCAGUUUACUGCUAAAGAGUGGCUUCAUGGGGAUAAUAUGUAUAAAUGUGAUGGGUGCAAGGGUUAUGUCAAGGCAUGGAAACGUCUCACAGUUAAACGAGCUCCAAAUAUUCUUACAAUUGCCUUGAAAAGAUUUCAGAGUGGGAGGUUUGGAAAACUUAACAAGAGAGUAACUUUCCCGGAGACUUUAGACCUUAGCCCUUACAUGAGUGAAGUUGGAGAUGGAUCUGAUAUUUAUAAGCUAUAUGCUGUUGUAGUACAUAUUGACAUGUUAAAUGCUUCAUUUUUUGGUCAUUACAUCUGCUACAUCAAGGAUUUCUGUGGAAACUGGUAUAGAAUAGAUGAUUGGAAGGUCCUGAGAGUGGAGUUGGAAGAGGUGCUUUCUCAGGGUGCAUAUAUGCUGUUGUAUAGCAGGUAUGCUUGUGACCAUGAGUUAAAGAGGCGACUCUCCUGUCUUUCAUGA